CAACAUAUGCAGUGCCAGUGCGUCAUCGUCGUCAUAUAUAAUAAUAUAAUACUUGAGUAGAAGCACUUUCACUCAUUUCUUGUAGCGGUUGUUGAGCUAAUGCUUUCUUAAACCAAUCACAUCCUUCCACACAAGAACCCUUCAUUCAUUGUGUUUUCCUCAUUUUUGUUCCGUGUGGGUCGUCGAUGCUGAAAUUGCUCAAACUCUUGCAGAAAGAUUGAUUUUUUAAGUACAUUGAGCGAGAAAGAGCGAUGGGUUUGCUCACAAACAGAGUGGAGAGAAGUGCGAUCAAGCCUGGGGAUCAUAUCUACACUUACAGAGCAGUCUUUGCAUACUCUCAUCAUGGUAUCUUUGUUGGGGGUAGCAAAGUAGUUCAUUUUACCCGCGUUGAAACGUCUUCCAGCUCUGAUUUUGAAGUAUACAGCGCAAUUGCAGAAUGUCCGACCUUUCCUGACUGUGGAUUUAGGCAGCCAAGGAGUGGAGUCGUCCUGUCCUGCCUAGAUUGUUUCCUUCGUAGUGGUUCCCUUUAUUGCUUUGAAUAUGGAGUAACCCCAUCUGUUUUCAUGGCUAAAGUACGUGGAGGCACAUGCACAACUGCUGCAUCUGACCCACCCGAUGCAGUCAUUGAUCGAGCAAUGUAUCUGCUGCAGAAUGGAUUUGGGAACUACAAUGUGUUCCAGAACAACUGCGAGGAUUUUGCUUUGUACUGUAAAACAGGACUCUUGACUAUUGAUCGGAUGGGGAUGGGGAGAAGCGGACAAGCUUCAUCUGUGAUAGGUGCACCAUUGGCGGCUCUUCUUUCUUCCCCUCUGAAGUUGCUUGUGCCGAGUCCAGUUGGAGUGGCUGCAGUGACUGCAGGAAUGUACUGCAUGAGCAGGUAUGCAACCGAUAUUGGUGUGCGAACCGAUGUUGUCAAGGUAGACGUGGAGGACCUGGCUGAGAAUCUUGGUGUAGAGAUCAGUGAAGAAGUAGCUGCAGAAAAUGUGGUUUCAGACAGGCAACUUAUCAGAUGACAUCUAUUCUCUUCGGAUUAUAUUACAUAUCUUCAGCCAUGAACACUAUUGUUAUAGACAGAACGCAUGGUCUUAUCUGCAUCAUUAGUUUGUUGUUAUCUUAAUGAAUCACAUAAUUCUAUGUGAUAUAUAGUCACAACAUUGUAAGAACUACACAAAUGAGGUUUGUACAGAUUGCAUCUUAAUCUUAUUUUUUCUAGGUGAA